CUUAGCAAGGAAAUUCUCCCUUUCCCCCGACAUCCCGCCAGUGUGCUUUAUUAGUGUGUGGGGACAUAAGUCAGGGCUGGAGCUGUCACACUGAAGGGGGGUGUUGUAAAGGAGAACAUUAUGCUGCAGAUAGCAACAGCACUGAUCAGCUAAGGAACAAAUAAGCCUUCCAGCCCCACACAGAUCCAUCAGACACCUUCCCAAACCAAAAGGAUCUGACCACAAAAGGAGCUUGUUAUCCCAGCCCUGCAUUGUGCUUUGCUGAGGAAACCCUCAUUUAUCCAUUCCAUUCCUGCAUCUCUGCCUUUCUUCCCACAGCCAAGAAGGAUUUUGUCUACCGCACAAAGGAUUUUUCAGCUGCUCCCCUCCAAAUCCCCGUUCUUCUUGAAUUUUGUUUGUAUUAUUAUUUUUAUGUAUUUCUGCAUCCAGUUUUCCUAUGUGGAUAUGCAAGGUAGAAGAGAAAACAGCAUAAUCCCAACAUGUCCAGAGCUUUAACCCAGCAGACUGACGGAUCUGUAUCUACAAACCCAGGGAGUGUAAGAGUUGAAGAUGAGGCCCACAGAAGCCUGCUGCUACUUAAAAAUCAGCUUGAUUAUACUUUUUUAUAUGGGUUGCUAUGCCCAGAAACAUCCCAACAUGGACAUUGCUGUCAUUUUGGUGGGCACUACAGACGAGGUUGCCAUCAAAGAUGUACACGAAAAAGAUGACUUCCAUCACCUGCCUGUGACACCAAGGGUGGCGCUUGUCACCAUGAAUGAGUCUGACCCUAAAAGUAUAAUUACACGUAUCUGUGACCUCAUGUCCGACAAGAAGGUUCAAGGGGUCGUGUUUGGUGAUGACACCGAUCAGGAGGCUAUAGCUCAGAUAUUGGACUUUAUUUCUGUACAGACGCUUACUCCAAUCCUGGGUAUUCAUGGCGGAUCUUCGAUGAUCAUGGCUGAUAAGGAGGAGGCAUCCAUGUUCUUUCAGUUUGGACCCUCUAUCGAGCAGCAGGCCUCGGUCAUGCUGAACAUCAUGGAAGAAUACGACUGGUAUAUCUUCAGUAUAGUCACCACAUAUUUCCCAGGAUACCAGGACUUUGAGAACAAGGUACGAAGUACCAUUGAAAACAGUUUUGUGGGGUGGGAGCUUGAAGAGGUUAUCCAUCUGGACAUGUCUUUAGAUGAUAAUGACUCCAAAAUCCAGAACCAGCUGAAGAAGCUUCAGAGUCCCGUCAUCUUGCUUUACUGCACAAAGGAAGAAGCAACAUAUAUUUUCGAAGUGGCUCAUUCUGUGGGGUUGACAGGUUACGGCUACACAUGGAUUGUACCAAGUCUUGUUGCAGGAGAUACUGACACUGUGCCAGCUGAGUUCCCCACAGGACUCAUCUCAGUAUCUUAUGAUGAGUGGGACUAUGAUCUGCCUGCUCGGGUUAGAGACGGGAUUGCUAUAAUCACCACAGCAGCAUCCACCAUGCUCUCUGAGCACAAUUCCAUUCCUCAGUCCAAGAGCAGCUGUUACAACAUUCAAGAGAGUAGAGUCUAUGAAGCUCACAUGUUAAAAAGGUACUUGAUCAAUGUGACGUUUGAAGGUCGGAACCUCUCAUUCAGCGAAGAUGGCUACCAGAUGCAUCCCAAGCUGGUCAUCAUUCUGCUCAACCAACAGAGGAAAUGGGAACGGGUGGGAAAGUACAAGGACCGAAGCCUUAAGAUGAAGUACUAUGUCUGGCCCGUGUUUGAGCUGUACCCCAAUUCAGAGGAACACAAGGAUGAGCACCUGAGCAUCGUGACAUUGGAGGAGGCUCCAUUUGUUAUUGUUGAAGAUGUGGAUCCACUAAGUGGGACCUGCAUGAGGAAUACUGUUCCGUGUCGCAAGCAGAUACGCACUGAGAACCGCACUGAAGAGGGGGGAAACUACAUCAAGAGAUGCUGCAAGGGUUUCUGCAUAGAUAUCCUGAAGAAAAUAGCUAAGACUGUCAAAUUCACCUAUGAUCUCUAUCUGGUGACCAACGGCAAGCAUGGCAAAAAAAUUAAUGGGACAUGGAAUGGAAUGAUUGGAGAGGUGGUGACCAAGCGAGCCUACAUGGCCGUUGGAUCUCUGACCAUAAAUGAAGAACGCUCGGAAGUGGUGGACUUCUCUGUACCUUUCAUAGAGACAGGCAUCAGUGUCAUGGUCUCAAGAAGCAAUGGGACAGUGUCUCCCUCUGCAUUCCUAGAGCCAUUCAGUGCGGAUGUGUGGGUUAUGAUGUUUGUGAUGCUCCUCAUUGUAUCGGCAGUUGCUGUCUUUGUAUUUGAGUACUUUAGCCCAGUGGGAUACAACAGGUGCCUUGCAGAUGGCCGAGAGCCUGGUGGGCCCUCAUUUACCAUUGGGAAAGCCAUUUGGCUGCUUUGGGGCCUUGUGUUCAAUAACUCUGUGCCUGUACAGAACCCAAAGGGAACCACAAGUAAAAUAAUGGUAUCAGUUUGGGCCUUUUUCGCUGUCAUCUUCCUGGCCAGUUACACUGCUAACCUUGCAGCCUUCAUGAUCCAAGAGGAGUAUGUUGACCAAGUGUCUGGACUAAGUGAUAAAAAGUUUCAACGACCCAAUGACUUCUCUCCAGCUUUUCGAUUUGGAACUGUUCCUAAUGGCAGCACAGAAAGGAAUAUCCGUAACAACUACCUGGAGAUGCACUCGUACAUGGUUAAAUUCAAUCAGCGAUCUGUGCAGGAUGCUCUUCUUUCUCUAAAGACUGGCAAGUUGGAUGCCUUUAUCUAUGAUGCUGCAGUUCUAAACUACAUGGCUGGGCGAGAUGAAGGCUGCAAGCUGGUGACCAUCGGAAGUGGCAAAGUAUUUGCAACCACUGGAUAUGGGAUUGCCAUUCAGAAGGACUCAGGGUGGAAAAGGCAGGUGGAUCUUGCAAUUCUUCAGUUGUUUGGUGAUGGGGAAAUGGAAGAGUUGGAGGCUCUUUGGCUGACUGGUAUCUGUCACAAUGAAAAGAAUGAGGUUAUGAGCAGUCAGCUGGACAUAGAUAACAUGGCAGGAGUCUUCUACAUGCUGGCCGCUGCCAUGGCGCUGAGUCUCAUUACAUUUAUAAUGGAGCAUCUCUUCUUCUGGCAACUGCGGCACUGCUUCAUGGGAGUCUGCUCAGGAAAGCCAGGCGUUGUGUUCUCCAUCAGCAGGGGAAUCUACAGCUGCAUUCAUGGAGUUCCAAUAGAGGACAGGCAGUCUGCAAUGAACUCUCCUUCAGCCACAAUGAACAAUACUCAUUCCAACAUUCUCCGUCUCCUCCGCACUGCCAAAAACAUGGCAAAUCUUUCUGGGGUAAAUGGUUCUCCGCAGAGUGCUUUGGACUUUAUACGGCGGGAAUCUUCAGUCUAUGAUAUCUCAGAACAUCGGCGGAGUUUCACUCACUCUGACUGUAAGUCAUUUCAGCCAGAAGAAAAUCUUUUUAGUGAUUACAUCUCAGAGGUGGAGAGGACCUUUGGUAACCUUCAGCUUAAAGACAGCAAUGUGUAUCAAGAUCACUUUCAUCACCAUCGCCCUCACAGUAUAGGGAGCAACAGCUCUAUUGAUGGGCUGUACGACUGUGAUAAUGCUCCUUUUACAACACAACCCAGAUCUCUGUCCAAGAAACCUUUAGAUAUAGGCUUGCCAUCCAAGCACUCCUCAACACAAAUUGGUGAUCUGUAUGGCAAAUUUUCUUUUAAGAGUGAUCGUUAUGGUGCCCCUGAUGACUUAAUUAGAUCUGAUGUUUCUGAUAUAUCAACACAUACUGUUACCUAUGGGAAUAUAGAAGGCAAUGCUAAGAGAAGGAAACAGUAUAAGGACAGCCUGAAAAAGCGCCCAGCAUCAGCCAAAUCUCGACGGGAAUUUGAUGAAAUUGAAUUGGCUUAUCGUAGGCGUCCAAGGUCUCCAGAUCACAAGCGCUAUUUCCGGGACAAAGAGGGCCUGAGGGAUUUUUAUUUGGAUCAGUUCAGGACCAAGGAAAACAAUCCACACUGGGAACAUGUAGACCUAACCCAUAUCUACCCAGAAAGAGCAGAAGAUUUUAAACAUGAAACUUCUUGCGCAAACAGGCAGCACCAGAAGCAUGGGGGGGAGUUUGUACAAAAUGAACGUAAACAUGGCCCUGGAGGAAAUGCCUGGGAGAAAAACAUGAGCAAUGUGGAAUGGGAAGAUAGAACCUCAAGCAACUUCUGUCGUAACUGUCCUUCAAAGAUGCAUAACUACACAGGGCAAAACACUAACCGCCAAGCUUGUAUUCGUUGUGAAGUCUGCAAGAAAGCAGGAAACCUAUAUGACAUCAGUGAGGACAAUUCUUUGCAGGAUCUGGAUGCUCGACCCAUUCCUGCUGCCAACUCUAAAUAUCCACAGAGUCCUUCUAAUGGCAAGGCUCAGAAACGAAACAGAAGCAAACUCCACCGCCAGCAUUCUUAUGACACAUUUGUGGACCUUCAGAAAGAAGAUGUUACUUUAGCUCCCCGUAGUGUUAGCCUGAAAGAUAAAGAACGCUUCUUGGAUGGUAGCCCUUAUGCCCAUAUGUUUGAGAUGCCCAAUGAGACCUCCUUCACCAGCAAGUCCCAUGGCCCAAGCCACAAUCCUGGGGGAUACAUGCUCAGUCGUUCCUUGUACCCAGAUCGGGUUACCCAAAACCCAUUCAUUCCCACAUUUGGGGAUGACCAAUGUCUGCUGCAUGGGAGCAAGCCCUACUACUUUAGGCAACCCGCCAUUGGUGGCUUGAAAGGAAGGGCGGACUUCCGUGGGGCUGGAAAAUCACUUUCUUCUCUACAUUCAGGCCCUCCAGGCCAUUUCCAAAAAGACAUUUGUAUAGGGAAUCAACCCAAUGCCUGCGUUUCAAACAAUAAGAACCCCAGGUCUUUCAACAAUUCUACCAAUGGCCAUGUGUACGAGAAAUUGUCCAGCAUUGAAUCUGACGUCUGAGAGGGGGAGGUGGGCUGGGACCUAGAUUCUCCUCUCCCAAACCCAAAUGUUAUUCUCUUACAGUGAAGCAGAACAAAGGUGUUCCUGAAUGCUGUUGGAGCAGGAAACAUGAAAUGCAGCCUUUUAAUUCUCAUCGUCUUACUGGGGUCAUCUCAUAUUUUAAACCAUGUGGAUUUCAUAUCUCAUCAUGCAGAAACAUGGAGCUGACAUCAGAGGAGGGGGUGGGGUUAUUUAUUUUAAUUUACUAAAGACAUGAGUUAAUGCUGUAAAGGAGGCAGGACAAAUAGGUAAAGACACUCUCAAUAGUUUUCUUCCAUAUCUAUAAUAUCAAGGUCUGGGAGAAGAAAUGGAAACAAGGGGUUCUAAUAAGCAGCUUAAAUUUAAGUUGGUAUAGGGAAAGUUCCGAAGAAGAAUGUGAGAGGGUACUGCUUACACUAUGGAAAGCAUCACUGAAACCCUCAAACUGGGCAGCCAUUGUUGAUGAGCCCGUGUUUAGUGCCAUCUCUUUAGAAAAGGUGCCUGGGAACUGCCCAAAAUGAAUGCUGGUGGUAUGUCUGUGUAAAGAAUGUCCAAAGACGCUGAAUGCUAUAUUACCAUAUACUGGUCUAUAAAUGAUAGAUUCCAUAGCUUUUGUAUCCACCUUAAACUCCUGUUCCAUUUCUGUUCUGGCUGCACAUGCAAUCCAUUCUGAAUUCGAGCAGUCCUUCCCAAACAUAAAGGGACCUGCUACCCGAAAGAAUCAGGAAAUACUAGAAAUGGUUAUAUUACCUUUACAAUGCACAAAAGAAAUAGCUCAUCCUUAAGUUUAAGCACUAAAUAUUUAAUCCGUAUAUACUUUAAGGACUGAAAUGAAUAGUGCAAAUAAGGUAGCUCAGGAACACCAUAGAAAUAGACUAGACCAUUAACUAGUAGCCCAAAUUAUCCAAAUAGCUCAGCCUAAAACACAUUUGUAUUCUAAUACUGACCCAUGAUAGAAUAUCCAGCAGUAUAGACUUAAAUAGCUUUUGUAUUUUUGAUAUAUAUAUGUAUAUAUUUUGCAAAUUGUGUUCUUGAUUCUGUUGUGCUGCAGUUUAUGAUUUUGAGGCUCAUGAUAGGCAUUUUUAUUUGUACUGACUUUUUUUUUUUAAAAAAAUUGGUCUGUAGACUUAGCAGGAUAACAAGAUGUAAGACACAUCUGGAUCAAAGGGCUUCCCUAUCAUGGAACUAUCUUUCAGAGGUAGACAAUGCCAAUGUGGGUUGAGGAAUAGUAAAAGUCCUUCACAGUGAAGAAGAAAGUUUAGAUAGCAUUAGGAUUUCAGUUAAUCAAGCCUAACAUCACAAUCCUAUAAAGGUACAGUGUUACAAAUAGGCCGUAGUUCAACUGAAUUCAAAGGGAAUAACAACCAAAAGGAAUUCUUUACCAACCUCAUAGUGACCAUAACUGCUUGGAUUCCAUCAGAAGGAUCAAGCACCUACUGUAUCUUUUUGACCAAGAUCGUUGAGGAUAAGUAUACAGGUAAAUAUAGAAUAUGUAAGAAUAAAGAGAUUAAAGAGAAGAUUAAGAUAAUUACUGGCAAUUGGGUAGCAUUGUGCGUGAAAUUACUAGUGCUGAGGGCUUUUUCACAUUUGGUCUACACUUCAGUUAUACAGCUAGAAUAUGUAAUAUAAUAUUCACAUAUAUUUGCACUCUUGUUUAUAUGAACAGAUAACAUCUUAAAUAUUAUUUGGAAAUAUAUAGGAGAUUUUGUUUUGACUCUGAUCAGAACGUGGUGCGGUUGAGUGUGGUGAACGCAGGUGAUUGAGGGCAGUCUCCUAGCACAAGAACUACUGUAUGACCAUAAGGGCAUUAACCUUCACCUCUCUUAGGUGACAUUUGGAUAUAGCUGGAGAAAGUGGGAUGCAUCAACCUAGCCUCCAAUUAGUCCUUCCAUCACGUUGAAUGUGAGGGGAGAGUAAUCAGGGUGCCGCUUCAGUCAUCAAAAAACAUGGGACGGGACCAUACCGCCCACUGUUAAGUUAUUUAGUUUUUGUAAAUAAGUGUUUGAGACUUUUUUGAUAGACUUUUUGAUGAAUUUCUAGUGACACAGAGGGAGAGAAGCUUUUGUGUCCUACCCCAUGACAUCUGUUCCUAAAGUUUGAAAGGCUCUGUAUUCUUGUGCCAUUUCCCUGAGCCAUCGGUCAUAGAUGUUCAUGGUUCUUGGCUCUCUAUUAUUUUUCUUCUUCAUGUGCCAUUUGAAAGAGCUCUGUCCUGGAGGUGAGAUGCUCUUAUUUUGUGCCAAUUUCUCGGGCCGCCAUUGCCAGGCUCUUAUACAUGUGCCAAAUUGCUGAAGCCACCUUAGAUAUAACAAUCAAUUAACUAUUCAUUUAUGAAGCCAUUCAACCAUGAUGUGACACUGACAUUGUUUUUGUGCCAACUGUUAAGGUCUAUGAAUAGUUCUCAAUGAGUCUGUUUUCUGGACUUGACCAUCGAAAGGGGUUCUCCAUUAAAUAAAAAUACAUUUCUUUACCAUGGUAUCAUGGUUACAUUUCCACUUGGAGGUAUCUGUAUCAAGGCUUAUGAUGCGACACAAAUGUUUCUGUGAGAUUUUCAUAAGUUGCAUUUUCCUUUUUUAUUUAUCACCUUCUGAAUUUAAGAAAUUUGAUAAACAGCCCCACUACAGCUGAAAGAAGGUCUAAUGUCCAGCCGGAGACCUGCAAGCCAGAUAUGGCCUCCAAGGGAUUAUUGUGGUCUCCAGGCAGGUCAAGGGCUCCAUAGACUUCUCUGUAUAAUAUUAUAAGGCUCAUUUACAAAUACAAGCACAGGUGCAAAGUGCUUAAAUGUAUGCAAAGUUGUCAGCUCUUAAACCCUUUUCACAAGGGACUUUGCUCCUAUACACCCUACAUAAAAUUUGAGUGUACCCCCGAUGCACUGUAGCCUGAUCAUUAUCAUUUGUUUGUUGCAUUGUUAAUGAGCCUUCAUAAUUUUAAUAUAUAUAACCAUUGGGUAUGAUUAAUAAUUAGGCCAUUGCUUUCAAAGUUUGCACAGCACAGGCCUAGAUCAUUCAUUCUGUUCCUAAGAAGAUGCUUGGUACAACAGCUGGUUUAGGGGCCUUAGAGACUUUUCCAUUAAACAGUGUUUUACAGUAGAGUCCAACCAAGGGGAAUGCUAGAGAGAAUCAGUUGAUGUGGUGGAACCAAGGGGGCGAUUACAGUCUGCAAGAUUGAUGGUCAGAGAAAUCCACCCUUGGUUAGUGUCUACAUAGGUUUAGAAAGUGAAUCUAGCUUUUAGUCUAGUUUUAAAUAAAUGAAGAAAAAUGCUUAAAAAACCUAAGUACCAUGGAUGGAAAGUUAAUAUACUGUAAUAGUAUAGCAAUAAAGAGACCAUAUAACUGUAGCUGGCUAAGGUCCUUGCUGCACCCCUGCAGGAGAGCCAAUUAGGUCAUCCUCUUGGGUUUUUCUACAUAUUCCCUUCUCCAAAACCCUCUGACUACUUCAUUUAGUAAGCAGUCAGUAGACAGGGGACUUUAGCCAGUAUGGGGAACUUUGAAUGACAGUGUUCUGCUAUGGACUAAAUAUACUAACUAAAAGUGCCCAAUGUGUCCAACAGUUCAACUCAUUUUGUAAUAAUGCUAACAUCUUUACCACAUUUAUACAUAUAUAUUUAGUCCACUGUCUAUAGUGUCUGUGCAUAUAAAGCCCUUCUUUAUAGAGCUACCUGCCCAAGUUCACAAGAAACCAGCCACUAGAAUUAAACCAAGCUUACUGGUGCUUUGGUCCAGUGCCAAGGUCAAUUGUCCACCCACUAAACGAAUUAUAUUAUUCUCUCAAGCAGCUUUUGUGUCCUUCAAAUCAUCCUGAAUGUAACAGUGCCAUCCAGUGAUGGAGCAACUCAAUGAUAAGCACAUUUACUGGCUUGCAUUUCUGGUUGCCACUAGCUAUGGCUAAUGGUUGUGGCAUGGUAUUAUUGAGACAACUUGGGCAACUCUGCUCCCAUUUACAGUAGUUAGAGUGGCCCCUAGUGGUUGUGGGUAAGAAAAAAAACACCUCCAUGCACUUAACUUCCCCAGCAAUGAAACAUUUUGCCUGCUUACCAUCCUUGCAACCAAAUAUAAAUAUAUAAAAUGAUUCUCAUUGACACCAGCCCAAACUCAGUCUCCACAGACAUUCAGCUACACAAGAAUUGCAUAGGAAUAUCUGUUAUUGUAAUUUGUGAAUGAUACAGGUCCUUGAAAGUACUAGGCAACCAAUAUGUGCCUAAUUAGGUAUGUUGAUAUGUAAAAUGUGUCCUGAAACGACAAACAGUGACCUAGUUUGGUCUUCCUUUAUUUAAAGGGUUAACAAAAUUUUCCUUAAUGUUUUAGGUCUUCAAAUGCGUUCAGGUUCUAUUCCGCCCUCACAUAUUGUGUAGGAAUUGUAGCGCAGGUUGGUCCCAGAGAUUUCCCUUUCCUGCUGCUGUUGGUGCUUUCCCACAUAAAUAAUGCUGCCCCCUCCCAAUCACCUCAUUCACUGCCAGUUUCCAGAAACAGAAAAUAUAACACGCUGAAAUAUCAAUAUGUCAGAGUUGCAAUACGCAGGGCAGUGGCCAACAUCACAGAAACUGUGUAACACUGACCCUGCUUACUAACAGCAGUCUCUCUGAGCUCUGAGUAUAAAGCAUAGCUUCCUUGGCCAACCAGGAAAGGGCAGGCUCCUUGUGUCUUUCCUGUGUCCUUGGGCAAAUGUACUGGCCUCUUGGUGGCCACCAGGGAUACACACAACUUGGCUAAAAGUAUAUGUAGUUUACAUAUGGAUGGCUGGCAGGUUUGUACAAUGCUUUAAAAUGCAGCAUUCCCAAAAUGAUACAAUCCUAAAAACACAACAUAAAAUUAUACAGCACCUUGUAUCCUAGUAGUGCUUUUUAAAUAAAGCUAUAUAUACAUACAAUAUCCACAACUUCAGUGCACCAUUAUCAGUGCAGCAGCCCCUUUAAUAUACCUAUUUAUCUGACAAAGUUACUUUUGGACAGUAGAAAAACAAAGGCAUAUCGAAUCUACCCUAGAACCAGGCACAUGGACCAGGUAGCCAUGAAAUAUCAUGGCUUGCAGGGAUAAAAGGGACCUAGAUUAUUCCAGAACUGACCUCAUACCAUAAUUCUCACAUGCUCCCCAAACCAGUGGUACCUACAGUGAACAUGUAAGGCUUUGGGUCAGAUGGUUAGUGAUCAUGCCAACACCCUUGGGAUAAUACACUUGCUACAGAUACAGACACUUUUUUCACUUUAAAAACCUGGUAGUGUGUACAGUACAAGAUACAUAUUUAUCAUGAAAUACACACACACACACACACAUAUAUAUAUAUAUAUAUUACAGGUCGGAGAACUUGAGCUUCUACAGUACAUGAAAGCUUGAACAUAAAGCGUGCCAUUACUCACUGAUGACUUACAUAUCAUGUAGGAGUAGGGUUUCAUGGGAGUCAGUUUCCCUUGUGGGUCCCUGUAACAGUACAAUGAAUGAUGUAUCAGUCAGAAAACCACAGAGCAGCGAAUCUAGUUCUUCUGGUCCCCAAAAGCAAACUAAUUAAAGGAACAUGCGAAUAUGCCCCUUUUAAUUAAUGUUAUUUAAUUUGCACAUGAUUUCUUUGGUACAUCUUCUAUAAUAUGUAUGUUAUUGUAGAAUAAUGGUAAUAGCCAGUUUCCAACUCCCAGUACUUAAAAUGGUUGCAGGAAAUCAAGCAGAAUUGCUAUUUAAAAAGUCCUUACAAUUGAGGUAGCCUUAUCCAUUUUUCAUUCUGAAUAUUUGGGUGCAAAGGUGGCCAAACGCAGGCAUAUCCUUGUAGGUAUCCGAUCAACUGGCCUGUGGGUAUAAUGGACAGAAACCAUAGAGGGACAAGAUAUGACAUGGACACCUUCCUGUUGUUCCGAUCAUUAGGACAGACGGCUCAAACAAUCGGAACAGGAGGAAGUUAAGAGGAUCUGCGGCUAUUCUUCAUUUCCUUAUGUGCCGAGGCAACAUACAUUGGCAGAGAUACUACACUGGGAAGAUAAGAUUUUCCAGCUUCCUGCCAUACAGAAUAUUUCCCAUGUAAUAGUGCUGGUAUGGGCAUACUAUGCUCUGCUAGUUGCAACAGAAGGAAUUGUUUGCCUGUUGGGUGAAGGAAGAAAUUGCUGUGUCAGGGUACUUUUCUUUUUCAGACCUCAAUGCCACAAGUUGGAAACAUUACAGGGUUGGCGACAGCACCCAUGGUACAGCACCCAAACAGGUAGCAAUAAAUAUCAUACUAUGGUAUGCCAUGCCUUGAUACAUAUGCUUCCGAGUGGAAAGAAGCUAGGAUUUAAGUCCUACUUGGAGAAAGAAUAACCUCUGAUGUUUCAGUUUCGCACUCAUUGCACCCCAAGGGGCUGUUGGCCAAAUUAAGGUUUGAAAGGAUUCGCUUGUUCAGGGAUACUGAUAUAGAGACAGUCAGCCUCCUUUGUAAGCUCAGCGUGUAAUCAUUUCUAUUAUUGGUGGGUUUCCACUUUUUGGCUGUAGAAAUUUGUGCCGUUGUAUAGGACACUUCAUUUCUUGAAUAGCUUUUUUCUUGUGUGGUUGAUUCUUCUAUAUAAUCAUUAAUUUAUUACAUUGUUUUAAUUUUUUUUCCUCAAGCAGCUGUUUUCCAGGCUGACAUGUCAUCUCUUUAGAUGAACCCAUUCAAUAUCAUGAAGUGCUUUCUGGUCUCACCAUAGCUAGUGUUCUGGCUAGAAAGCUACAUUCAUUACAAAUGUGAUCCACUUGACUGACAGCAAAUUAAACAGGAGGUAACCAAGUGCCAAACAUUAUCAGAAGCAGAAAUCCAUAAAGGAAUGACAAACACAAUUGUAUAGGAAAAUCCAAUAUUUUAUAGUAUUUAAAGGGAAAUGAACGCUAAAGCUUUUAUUAUCUACUCAAGUGCUUAAAAGUUGUAUAAAUAACAUGGCAGAGUUUGCUACUUAGGUUUUACAUUUCCCAUGGAUUGGCUUAGUGGAAUGAGGUUGUCCCCCUCUCCACAUGUUCCUCGGAGUAGUACCCUAGAGGUGAGUGAGGACAAGUCAUGUUAAUAAGAGGUAUCCAUUGCCCAGUCACGUGCUCUGUAACAUGGAAGGAUAGAGUGGGAAGCUUGAAAAUACACAAUUUUAAAUUAAGUAAACAUUGGGCAGAAAUAAAUCCGUUUUUUUGGUGUUCAUUUCUGUUUAAUAGUUUGUCUGACAGUAAACUGUACAUAUUUUUCAGUGCUUAAGAAAUGUUUAUAUAAAUUCCCAGGUGAAUUUGACAGAACCUUCCCCUGGUGGGUGGGUCAUAACAUCGGAUAAUAAACAGCACUCUGUAUUCUCAAUUACUAAACAUAUUUAUUCACAUAAUUGGCACAGAGCAGUUAGACCAUAACACAAAUAGUAACCAGGGCUGGCCUUUAGGUACAUGAUGCCUAGCAACGGACACCUUUCAACAAUACAUCAUAUUCUAUACAUACAAAUAACUUCACAAGUUGGUUGAUUUCCAACCAAACUAAAUAAUUAUCAGAAAAUGGAAGGCUUUUGGACUCCUGCCAGUGAUUUUGUUGAUUGUUCAAGUUUCCAAACAGUGUUCAUUGGCGAAAAUAUAAAAUCAGGCAAAGUAACACCAUCCCCCGCUUUAGCAGGUAUAGGUUUGGCCAACAUUGAACUCUCUGGGCAGAUGUCUACAGCUCACUGGUCAGGGUAAUCAGUGGCCAUACACAAGGCCACAUUGUACCAUUUUAGGAUCUGUCAAAAGUCUCAUAUAUUGGCAGUUGAAUUGGUGUUUUAUACAGAAAGUAGAGAGUUGUUCUGGAGCAACCCUAAGGCCAGCCCUGAUAGAGACAAGAAUUCACCAAAGCUAUGAAACUCCAUUCUUUGAACAGCAGUUGACUAGAACACUAAAUAACAAUAUGAAAAGACUUAGGGGAUUGAAUUCUGCAUUAGGACUUCUACAUUUACUUAUUUAAUAUAUAUAUAUAGUAAACAGUUAUGCUUUGACCUUGAUUUUGUUCCUAUUAGAAAUGCUAAAUGGGAGUAGACAAGCUAAUGGUUUCUAAAUAUGGAUCAGUAAUUGUGGGAAUGAAAUUACCCCAAUGAAAGUCUCAUUUCCGAGCUAUUUGUUUCUAAGACUAAAGACUCCCUAAUCUAUUAACUGUUUGAUUCAAAGUAAAACAAAACAGUUCAUCAAAAAGUGCAGUUUUCCACAUAAAUGAUUCAUUUUAUUCUCCCCCGAGGUCUGGAAUAUAUAUAUAUAUAUAUAAUGACCAUCUGAAAUCCUGUACUGUAUAACAUGAUAGAAGAAUGCAUUACAUGUGUAGAUUAAAACUGUGCUUUUCCUUUGGACCUACCUGGAUUGUGUGAGCCGGCGAGAACAAACAUACGAGGCUAAUAGGAUCUUUACAUUUCCAAACAGGUAUUUGGAAAACAGGAAGUUGUAGCCAUUCAUACAGGAAGUGACAUCAGUGUCUAGGAGAAAAAUGGAAAGUAGCUCAUUUUGGUGAACAGAAAGCCAGAACUGUGAUAAAAAAACUUUUUUUUCUGACAAUUUUUUUUUUUUUAAUUUUUUUUUAAAUGUGUUCACAAAUAAGAAAAUGAAAAAAAAAAUGUUUACUAUGAUUCCUCCUCUGCUGUUUACAAAUAAAUCGUUUUAAAGGGACAAGAAACUUUAAAUGAAAAUAACGUAUAUAUAUGUAGAUAUAUAUAUUAAUUGAAAGUAAUUCACAGGCGUUUUACAUUAUGAAACAGGGUGUUUUUUUUAAGUCAAAUGUUUAAAGAAAAAAAAAAAACGAGAUCAAAAUUCUCUCUGAAUUUCAUGUUGUUUAUAUGUGUGUAAAAUCGAACAAACAAAUUUUGAAGGCAAUUUUUCACGCCUCUUAACUGGUAUAAUAAAAAUGAAUAAAAUAAAGGACUCAUCUGAAUUUUGCCAGAGA